AUGGUGAUGAAGCUGCAGGAGCUGAACCCUCUGAUGGCUUCGUUUGUGUCUGUGUCUCCUGCGCCCGUGAGCAGCAGCAGCAGCAGCAGCAGCAGCGGGGCGAUGCUGGGCAGCUGCAGCCGCAGCAGCAGCAGCAGCAGCAGCAGCAGCACAGUGCUGAGCCGCAGCAACUCGCUGCUCAUUGAGGCCUUUGCCCUCUGGGGCCGCCACGUGGCUUUUAUUGAAGACUUAAAUUCUGUUUUUAAUCCGCAGCAGCAGCUGCGGCUUUUGAUAUCUUAUUUGGACGAAACCAUCGGCAGAAUCGUCAAGGGUUCUCUCCGCCAGGCCUUCGCGCGGAAGAUGAAGGCGUGGGGCCGGACCACGAAGGACCUGGACGACCUCGAGAAGCUGUGGCUGAAAGUGUUCAAGUAA